GUACAUCUCUACCCUGAAGCAAAAGCUUGGAAUCUCGCCGAUGCACCUCUAAACCCUAACCCUAAUUCCUGUUCAUUUUCAAUUUCAGGAAGAUACGAAUAAUCCAAUUUGUAAUUUAUUCUUUUAAUUCAACAAAAAAUGUCAGCGGUUGUCUGUGGCAAGAGGUCGUUCUUCGACGACGACGCCGCCGCGUCAUCGCCGGCGUCUGCAUCGCCGCCAGCUUACAAGAAGUUCCGAUGCUCUUCGUCGACCUCGCCGGUCCGGUUCACGUACUCGCCGCCGGUUCAGACGAGCUCGGUUGAUCAGCUCAAGGCUCUGUUUCCUGAGCUGGAAGUUCAGCUUUUAGAGAAAGCUAUGGAAGAGUCUGUUGAAGACUUGGAUUUGGCAAUUAAGAAACUAAAUGAGUUUUGUCGUGGACAUGGGAAUGACAAGAUUGGCACAAGUGCUGAAGAAAAUGCAACAAUGGAAAAAGUUGCAUCACAAACCAGUGGGGAUUCAGUUCCUUUGCAGGAGUCACAAACUCAAAACAACCCGCUAGCAGAUGGUGCAGAAUGGGUGGAUUUAUUUGUGAGGGAGAUGAUGAAUGCUACUAGCAUAGAUGAUGCGAGAUUCCGGGCAGCCAGCAUAUUGGAGAAUUUAGAGAAAGCUAUCAGCUCUAGGGCCAGUGUCGAGGCAGCUCAAAGCUUUCAUAAGGAAAAUUUGACGCUGAAGGAGCAUAUUGAGUUUCUUCUCCGGGAUAAUGCCAUCCUCAAACGUGCCGUAGCCAUCCAGCACGAGCGCCAAAAGGAAAAUGACGAGAAGAGCCUAGAGGUGCAACACGUAAAGCAAUUGUUAGCACAGCAUCAAGAGCAGUUGCGUACUCUUGAGGCAAACAACUACGCGUUGACAUUGCGUUUGCAGCACGCGCAGCUGAGCAACUCCUUUGGGGGGCGUUUCCAUCCCGAUGUAUUUUAAUAAAUUGUGGGACUGAGUGAUUGUGUAUGCGGGCACCAACUGCUGCCAAGCCUUUUCUUAUCUAUAGAUUGUAACUGUAAGCCAAAAUGUUCAAUACAAGAUUAUGUAUAAAACCUUGAUAUUCAUAUAAUACCAUAUAUUUCCAUUAAUCA